AUGGAGGCGUCGUUGCGGCCCUGCAUCCUGCGCCUGCGCCGGACCCUGACGAAGGCGCAGCGUUUGCUGCGUGCCACGGACCCCGAGGCAGACGCGCGUGGUCUGGACAAAAGGAACCGCGCUGAGUUUCUAAGAUGCGUUCGCCGCCUGGGGGUUCUGCUCUUCUCCGCACAGCUGCAGUUACGCGCAUUGGGGGAGGACGCCUGUCGUGACGAGGCAGUCUCCAGCCUUCUUUGUGCCGCCAGGUCAUUUCUAGCGGACGCGGUGUCACUCGAUGGAAGCCAGAGCGGUGUCCCUGUGCCGUGUGUUGGGCUGCUGUGCCGUGAGCACACCCCCAGACCCCCGUUUGCCGUUAGUGCGCCCUUUUUGGUGCAAGAGGACUCGUGCUGUAUGUGUGAGCCGGCACGCAUCCUCAGCUGUGUCUAUCACCGUGACGAGGAACCCAUUUCACACGCUGUGUCGCCGUGCGUGCAGCCUAAUGAGGUGAGCGAACGCUCGCACGCGGUGCCGGCCGCAAGUGACGAGGAGGCGGCGCACGCGCAGGUGAUGGAAGACAUUCGUGAAGCCAUUAAGGGCAUGAAGGAGGGUGCCAUUCGCAUGAGCGACCUGAUGCAGCAGGAACGCAUGCGACUCGAUGCGAAUGCCGAGUUGCUGCAGCGCGGUAUUGAUGGAACAUCGACUCAGUCCCGUCGCAUGGAUAAGCUAGGGCACGUAUUUGGCGUGGGCCCGCCGCCGCCGUCUUGUCUCAGUAAAAUUCCAGGUGCGAAGCUCUUUUGGCAGACCGUUGUGGCGCCCAUGUGGGUAGUUAUAAGGCAGGCUGUGUUUUUGUGCAUUAUUGUGGCAACUACCUGCAGUGUGCUGCUGUUGAUGGUGGCGGCUCCAAAGACGUACGUGUAUGCUCCCCAAACGUCUUUUUCUGGUCGGUGA